AUGUCACAGUCUGGUGUCCCCUUGAAGAACACUAAUGUGUUUAAGCCCGUUGCAGUGGGUCAAAACUCAGUUUCCAACCGUAUCGUGUACGUUCCUACUACUAGAAUGAGAGCCACAGCAGACUUCGUUCCUUCAGACUUGGAGUUGAAGUACUAUGAAGACAGAGCUCAGUACCCAGGCACAUUGUUGAUUACAGAGGCUACGUAUGUUUCCGAGAGAGCAGGUUUGUAUGACCGAGUUCCUGGGAUCUGGAACGAGAAGCAAACCAAGGCAUGGAAGCAGAUCACUGAUGCCAUUCACAAAAAGGGUUCCUUUGUCAGUUGUCAGUUGUGGUUUUUGGGCCGUGUAGGCGAUCCAGCUUUGUUGAAGAAGUAUGGCCACGAUUUGGUGGGUGCUUCGGCCGUAUACCCUUCAGGCGGCUACCAGAAGAAAGCUGAAAAGGUAGGUAACCCACUCAGAGCUUUGACUAGAGCUGAGUUGAAGGAUAUCAUAGUCAAUGACUAUAUCAAUGCUGCUAAGAAUGCCUUUGCUGCUGGCUUCGACUACAUUGAACUCCACGGUGCUCACGGUUACUUUUUAGACACUUUCUUGCAUCCCCUGUCCAACCAGAGAACAGACGACUACGGUGGUUCCAUCGAGAAGAGAGCCAGGUUCGUUUUGGAGGUAAUUGACGAGUUGAUUAAGGCUGUAGGUGCCAACAGAGUGGCCUUGAGAAUUUCUCCCUGGGCCAUGGUUCAAGGUGUGGGAGCUCAGUACGAAGAAGUUCAUCCUAUCACUACUUUCAGCUACUUGUUGAACGAGUUGCAGAAGAGAGCUAACCAGGGUAACGAGUUAGCAUACAUAUCUGUAGUCGAGCCCCGUGUUCAAGGUACCGUCACAGUUGAUGAAUGGGUUGGUGACAAUAGUUUCGUUCGUCACAUCUGGAAGGGAGUCAUUGUCAAAGCUGGUAAUUACACCUAUGAUGCUCCCUCCUUCAAGACUAUUCAGGAGGAAACUAAUGACGAUAAAGUACUUGUGGGAUUCUCGAGAUACUUCACCUCUAACCCCGAUUUGGUCUCGAGAUUGGCUGAAGGCAAGCCUUUGACUAAGUACGAAAGACCUACUUUCUACACUCCUGAUAACUGGGGCUACAACACCUGGAGCAACCAUGACGAUAAAAGUAAAUAUGACAAGAAUGACGAGAAGAAGGUCUUUCCUAGAGCUCUUGCCAGACUUUAG